GAAUUUCCUAGGUAGAAUCAAACACAGUGGUUACAACAAUCACAGUGUUUUCUACUUGAACCUCACAAAAGUGCCCUCAGAUUCGUUCCUUGCAACCAUGGAGGAACAAACCCCAUUUAAGAAUCUCCAUAGCAGAGAGUAUUCUGGUCACAAGAAGAAGGUGCACUCUGUGGCCUGGAAUUGCAUUGGGACCAAACUUGCCUCUGGGUCUGUGGAUCAAACUGCUCGAAUCUGGCAUGUUGAGCAACAUGGGCAUGGUAAAGUCAAAGAUAUUGAAUUAAAAGGCCACACUGAUAGUGUGGAUCAGCUAUGCUGGGAUCCCAAACAUGCCGAUCUGAUUGCGACUGCAUCGGGUGACAAGACCGUUCGUUUGUGGGAUGCUCGUAGUGGAAAAUGCUCACAACAGGCAGAACUUAGUGGGGAGAAUAUCAACAUUACCUACAAACCUGAUGGGACUCAUGUAGCUGUGGGCAAUAGGGAUGAUGAAUUAACAAUACUGGAUGUUAGGAAGUUCAAACCAAUUCAUAAGCGCAAAUUCAACUAUGAGGUAUUAACUAGUUUUAAGUUCAAACCAAUUCAUAAGCGCAAAUUCAACUAUGAGGUAAAUGAGAUUGCUUGGAACAUGACAGGCGAGAUGUUCUUUCUAACUACAGGAAAUGGGACUGUGGAAGUACUGACGUACCCAUCUCUUCGACCUCUUGAAACCCUCAUGGCUCAUACAGCCGGUUGUUAUUGCAUUGCAAUUGACCCAACAGGAAGAUAUUUUGCUGUUGGAAGUGCUGAUUCCCUUGUCAGCCUGUGGGAUAUCUCACAGAUGCUCUGUGUGCGCACCUUUACAAAGCUGGAAUGGCCUGUCCGUACAAUCAGUUUCAAUCAUACUGGGGAACUUAUUGCUUCAGCAAGUGAAGACUUGUUCAUUGAUAUUUCUAAUGUUCAAACUGGACGAACAGUGCAUCAGAUUCCUUGUAGAGCUGCCAUGAACAGCGUUGAGUGGAAUCCUAAAUACAAUUUACUUGCAUAUGCUGGUGAUGACAAAAACAAGUAUCAGGCUGAUGAAGGUGUUUUUCGAAUUUUCGGUUUUGAAAAUGCUUAGCAUUGGCAGACCUGCCAUUUUUACCUUAGUUGCUUGCAAACAAGGAAGAAAAGACUCUUGUUGCUUAUCUGAAUCUCUUACUGGUUGCAAGGACUGAUCCCCUGGAGUUUGAUUUGUAAUCGGAAUUAGAUCAUUUUUGUAUUUAAAGCUUUUUUUCUCUGUUUUUAUGGUAAUCGGAUGUUUGAUUUAAGUGGGAGAGCUAGCUAGCCUUAAGCAGUCUUUGGUAUGAGAGACUUGUGUAUGGAAAAAAACUCUAUUGCCCCACAAGGAUGUGGAUGUGCUCGAAUAGUACUGCCGAUGGAGGAUACUUGUUUUAUAUACAAAAUGAUAACACUUGCUGCUCAAAAAUUGUCUAAAGUGGCUAGAUAUUUUGCAAGGGAAGAAAUAUCUUGAAAAGACAUAUUUUCCUGUCUUCUCAUUAUGUCUCAGAAUCUCAGAAUCUUUGCUUUAGAAUGUAACUUAUUGUAAAUUUGAGAAGGGCUUGUGUUUCCCAUUUCAGUUCAAAUAUUGUCAAUUCCAGAAGGAUUUGCAUGACUCAGUUUCAAUUCAAUUUCAGCAGGAUGUCUCGGUUUCAAUUCAAA